CCGUCCACUCCCAUCAUCCAUUCAUUCGCCAUCCGUGUUCGAGAAUCGUGAGCGCAAGGAGAGAGGAAGAGAGAGGAGAGGGAGCGAAGCAACAAUGCCGACGGGUAGGCUGAGCGGCAACAUCACCCAGGACUGGGAGCCGGUGGUGCUGCGCCGGACGAAGCCGAAGGCGGCCGACCUCAAGUCUGCGAAGGCGGUGAACCAGGCGCUGCGGUCGGGCGCCGCCGUGGAGACGGUGCGCAAGUCGGCGGCGGGGACGAACAAGCACUCGGCGCCGGCGGCACCCGCGCGGAAGCUGGACGAGACGACGGAGCCGGCGGCCGUGGAGCGGGUGGCCGCGGAGGUGCGCGCCGCGAUCCAGAAGGCGCGCGUCGCCAAGGGGUGGAGCCAGGCGGAGCUGGCGAAGCGCAUCAGCGAGCGCGCGCAGGUGGUGCAGGAGUACGAGAGCGGCAAGGCGGCGCCCGCGCAGGCCGUGCUCGCCAAGAUGGAGCGCGCGCUCGAGGUCAAGCUCCGCGGCAAGGGCGUCGGCGCGCCCCUGGCGGCCGGCGGCGGCAAGUGAUGUGACGGUCCGGUGCAGAUGGAAACGUUGGUAGCUCAAUCUCUGUUGGCUCGUGGAGGAUGUGAAUCGGUUGUGUAGUUUUGUGUUCGUGUUGAUCGGCUUGGAAGAUUGGGGGAUGUAAAUCAGUAGUAACGCAUUCGCAAGAAAUUUCGGGUGACGUUGUAGCAAUGUUUGAUUGAUGCUAAAUGACAAUUGGCUGGUGGAUUCAGUUUGGUA